GAGUUCUGCCGGCUUCCAGCUGCCAUCCCCAUAAGCAGGUGCCGUGAAACAAUAACUCCGUGGUCACAUUUCCUAAACGCCCUAGUUGGAAGCGGCGAAGCUUUGCUCAGUGACAGAUCUUGAACUCUCUGGAAGAGGGAAAGGGAUGGACGUCUGCGGUCUGCCAAUCUUCCUGCUCCUUGGACCAGGUAAAUCAUUUCAACCAGCAGUAUAAUUUUGGUGUGGCUUCUGCCUCGUUGCAAUGAGUGUGUGUGUGUGUGUGUGUGUGUGUGUGUGUGUGUGUUAUAGAUGGAGAGAGCAUGUGUUUACAAAGGUAAGAUUCUUCCUAUAGCUUUAUGAUGAGCUUUAGCUGAACGCAGUUUUAGAUAUAUAUGUUGGAGAUCUUUUCCCCAACCCCAAACUGCAACCAGAAAAGAAUGAAAUAUGAGGGGUAAAACUAACAAUAAGCUUCAGUGGGGGAAAAAACAACAACAAAAAAACACUAAAUAAUAAAUAACAAAAAGAAGAAUAAAUAUGAUGUUUUUCAAAUGUAUGUGGGGACAUGAAAUAAAUACGGUAAAGCUUAAAGUAUAAUAUAAUAUGGUGAAUGUUUUUCCUCUAUAUGUACAGAAGUUUGAUAUGGAAGCAGAACUGAUUGACAGCUCCAUGUGUUGCCAAAAGACUGUUAAUGGGUCUUAAACGUACCCUCUGAAAUGUUAGACCUUUCCGGUCUGCAGAAGAAAUAGGAGAUGGUUUGUUUUCUAAGAUACAGACAUCCGCAUUCUUUAAGAGCAGCAUUUGCAGUCAUAAAUAGGAUCCUCCAUGUCCCUUUUUAAACAGCACGAACAACUUAUGAAUGGUGAAACUCGUCGGGAUUCUAGUUCAUUCAAAAAAAGAUGUAGACGUUCCACCAAAGGUCUUGUGGUAAACUGCAGCUUCUGCCCAAUGCACACUUAACUGUGAGUAAUCCUCACUAAAUUUGAUGGGAUUUGUCAUGGAGUAAACAUGCAUAAGAUUGGGCUGUGUCUUUGUACGACCAUAGCACUAUCUCCUUCUAAUCAUCGACUUUCCACAACAUUUGUAAAGCAAACCAAACAAAAAAGCAAAACAGUGGUUUAAGAAGUUGGAUUUACUUCUUUAAGCCUUCUUAAACCAAAUACCACAGACACAACCUUCCUCUGACCAUUAUUCCCCUUCUUUCCUCCCAGUGUAUCCUCUUGCUCCUCCACAUCACUGCAAAUGGCCCCUUUAACUCCAGCCCCACAACCUGUCCCCUCUUCAAGUCCUCUUCCUCUUCAACUUUCUCCCUCCAACAUCACUAGCAGCCUAAAACUGUCACACACACCUCCUUCCCUCUUAUUUCUUCAAAUGCCCCCUUUACCCCCAGCUUCACUUGUCCCUCCCCAAUUUCUUCUCUUUCCCUCUGGCCUGCCACCAGAGGACUACACCUGCCCUUGCUCACUUCUGCACCCCCCUCCCAUUAGCACACUGUUUUCACAGAGCAACCUGCCUUUGGAACCUUGGAAAACAGACAAUAAAAACAGAGCGACGACACCUUACAAUUUUAUUAUAUAGUCAGAUAAGAUGUGAAUUGGGCAUAGGUGGAGGAGGAAGCUUAAAAACUCUAACACUGAACAUCUAUUUCUCCAGAGAGUGGCAUCUCUACGUCCCCAGAUAGAAAGCCUCAAAAUUCAGCUCACCCCUCCUUCUGCAGUUUUCUCAGUCUCCCUACUUCAAAACUAUCUCAGAAUGCAGGUUUACUUUAUGGCAAAAGGUACGUUCCCAUUUAGCACACAACAGUACAGAAGUUUCCAGCUUUUUCCUAGCUAUUCACAAUGCAUCUAUUAGUCAUUUAGCCAGCAAUUUCGGUCACAAAAGAAGGUAAACCCAGGCUUUGCCAGCAGAUUUGCCCAACUUUUAUCAGACUUUCUGGACCCAUUAAUGCUUUUCUGUCCGAACUCCAGACUCUUUUACAGGAAUAGGAUGAAAUAAUAGUAAUUUUGCAACACCAAAUUAACAAGUCUUGCUCUAUAUUGUCCUGCAGUUGUUCUGGUCCUGGGUUCUGAUCAUGAAACUCGUCUGGUUGCCCAUUUAUUCGAGCAUUAUAACAAAGUUAUUCGUCCAGUAAGCAACCACCUUGAAAGAGUUAACGUUACCGUUGGACUACAGCUUAUCCAGUUGAUCAAUGUGGUAUAGUACAAAUUUCAAUUAUUCCAUUAUUAUUGUUAGUUGUAGUAGUAAUAAGCAGCAGUUUUAAUUAUUUGAAGGGUGUAAUGUUUAAUUGAUUAGUUGGUUAUAAACAGUUUAACCAACUAAAAUGGUGCACCCCUUUAACUAGGCAGCAGAUUGUGUGUAUGUGUGUUUUUAUGUAGGGUUGGAUCUGGGCUAAAUCAGUUGAACUUAGUCCCCUUUGAUAUCAAUGUGAUUUAAAUAAUACCUAGCCUGUUCCAUUGAUUUCAAUGAGAAUUAAGUUCAAGUAACUUUGAUUUUGUCCAACAAAGUUGUCCGAAAGUUAUCAAGUGGAAAUGUGUGCAGGUCUAACCGACAGACAACUUGGCUAACCAUUGAAAGCUUUCCAUGAUGUCUACUCAACAUUGUCCUCAUCAAAAUAUAACCCCCCAACAAGCUACAAGAAUUUGCUGAAAUGGCACAGUUAACAAAUACCCUGAGAGGCAAUUCAAAACAAAAAAUUAUGGAAAAGUGGGAUAGUUAUAAAACAUAUGUUCAAAAAUACAGUAAAGGUUCGCUAUCUACGCUAGCAUUUGUUUGACGUUGGAGUGAGACCGAGUUGAGAAAUAAGACUAAGAGCACAUAUUGACAUAGGAAUGUAUUAGAUAAUAUGUAAAGAAAUAUACAAUAAUAAGAGUACAUUCAUUUGUAAAAAAAGGAAUAUACAGCGGAAAAGACAGGAAGUCUAGUGUGUUGGUAUGUAUAUGAUUUUUUGGGGAAAUUGUUUUUGUUUUUUCUCUUUGUUCUUUCUUUUUUUUGUUCUAGGUAUAUAAAAUUUGUAUAUAAUUUUUGUAUACAUGUUGGAAAUUAUAUUAUAGUGAGUCCUGUAAUGUAAUAUGACAACGUUUACUGAUGUAAUAUAAGAAUGUUAACAAAUAAAUAAAAUGCAAAUUAAAAAAACAAAAACAAAUUUAACAUUCCUGUAGGGUAUUUCUGCAGCAUUGAGUCCACAAUAAAGUGCCCUUAUACAGUGCCAUCAGUGUACGAUGAAAGCACAUUUAAAGCACAUGGCUUCGCGGAAAUAAUUUUGGGAACUGUAGUUUUUCCGUCACAGAGCUACAGUUCCAAGCACCCUUUACAAACAGCUCCCGGAAUUCUUCAGGGACAGUUGCAUGCUUUAAGAGUAUGACAUGUAUGCAGACUAAAACAAAGCAGGCAUUUACAAUCUACAUUUUGAUAGUGGGAAGAAAGGAAUAGGGUGGAAAAGUCAGGAACAGUAGCAGAUAGCUAUUUACCAGUAAGCCUUACUGUACAUUUUGCCUGUUAAGAUCUCUCCCCUUAAUCUUAGUGUUUUGCUCUCUUAAGGAUGAAGUGAACCAGAUUGUAGCAACCAACGUGCGUCUAAAACAGGUAAUUCUUUGUCACCUUUUUCAUUAAUCUACUGCACAUUUAACAAGCUUGUCUGUUUGUUCACUAUGCAUCUGGACACCUCGUAAGACAUCUUAAGCCAAUCUUGCACAAUGGGGACAGGUUUUCAUCUAUUUUGGGAUGAAAUUGGAUGCCAUUUUGUAUCAAGAUGGCAGACCUAACCUUUCAUAACUGCACUGAUUUUAACUAUAGAGGUCACCACUUUCACACCAUGCAUUUAAGGCACUAUGAUGCCACAAUAACCAGUCAUGGCUUCCCCCAAAUAAUUCCAGGAGCUGCAAUUCAGGAGUGCUGAGAGUGUUGUUAAGAGACACACACAUUUCCCUCACAGAACUCCCUGCAGUUCCCAGAGUUCCCUGUGAAGAAGGAUUUAUUGUUACAGCACUCUGGGAAUUCUAGCUCGGAGGGGUAGGCGUCUUUUAAAAACUCUCAGCACCCUUAACAAACAACAGCUCCCAAAAUUCUUUGAGAGAAGACAUGACUAGUUAAAGUGGUAUCAUAGCACCUUAAAUGUAUGGUGAAUGUGGCCAGAGAAUUGCUGAUAAUGGGUACAUACAGAUAUUCGUUCUCAAAAAGGAAAUGGCCAUGUUAGUUUCAAGUAAUUAUUCCAGUUACCAUGAAGACAGGGCAAAAUAAGUUGCAGAAUUUUUUCACCCCAUAAAAUAAGUGCUCUGUUUUAGGCUUACAUUCCACACUAGAGGAAAGAGUUGUUGGGGUGUUUGUUUGUUUUUAAACUCUCUUAAAUUCAUUUUCUAGCAAUGGAAAGAUGUAAACCUGAAAUGGAAGCCAGAAGAUUAUGGUGGUGUGAAACAAAUUCGCGUCGCCUCAAGCGAUCUCUGGCGUCCAGACUUGGUUUUGUACAACAAGUAAGUAAGGUUCUUUCAUGUUAAUUGUUCAGCAGUCACAUAGCAAGGCUGCAAAUGAGUCCAGGUGCUGUAUGUGACUACGUAAUUGCGGUGAGAGCAUUUCCCCCCAGUAGCUCCAGCUAACUUUAGCCAAGUGGUCUAAACCACAGAGCCUAGGGCUUGCCAAUCACUGCAACGGGCUGAGCUCCCAUUGCUCGGUCCCUGCUCCUGCCAACCUAGCAGUUCAAAAGCAUGUCAAAGUGCAGGUAGAUAAAUAGGUACCGCUCCGGCGGGAAGGUAAACGGCGUUUCUGUGCGCUGCUCCGGUUCGCCAGAAGCGGCUUAGUCAUGCUGGCCACAUGACCUGGAAGCUGUACGCCGGCUUCCUCGGCCAAUAAAGCGAGAUGAGUGCCGCAACCCCAGAGUCGGUCACGACUGGACAUAAUGGUCAGGGGUCCCUUUACCUUUAAGAACUGCUUUGUUUUGCAUAAUUCCUGAUGCUACCCAUGGCUGUCAUGGGCACUUACGGGCUGGCAGAUAAGGGUCUGCAAGAGGAACACUAAGGCAAAGCUAAGGAACUUGUGACUUUCCAGAGGUUUUCGGAUUCAAGGCACCAUCAGUCCCAGCCAGCAUAUUCAAUGGUCAGGAAGUGCAGAAGCUGUCAUCCAGGCACAUUUGAGGGAUGACUUAGGUUCCAACUGCAUGUGAGGAUGAAGAAAUUUGGGUCACAGAGGUAGAAGAAUAUUCAGGUUUACUCAUCAGUGGCCAUGAUCAUCUCCCUGAGAUGAGACCCAUCACUGUACAAAUUAAGCUUAGUAUGGGCACAUCAGAUGGGCGCACCAAGGCCAAAUGGUGGACAAUUGGAGUUGAAUAAAUUUUUAUCAAAUGAAUGGAUUUAUUGUUUUGACAUGAGUGUCAAUUUGACUUGCUUUGUUGUACUGAAUAUUCUGAUAGUUAUGUUUUGCUGGUGGGGGUUGAGAUGCCCUUGUGUUGGCUGUUGCAGCUUUGGGCUUCAUUUGGGAAGAAAAAGUGAAAUAUAAACCCUAUGUGCUAUGAAAAAAAAUUGCCAAAGAACUGGAAAGGGCAGACAGGAAGUUCCUGUCUCCGACUUCUGUCCCCCCCCCCCCAACAUGUCUUCAAGCAGAUGCAAGACAUUUGCUGUAUUUCAGAUCAAACAAGAAACACAAUAUGGAAUAGUAGUUUUGCAUUUGGUUGGUGUGACCAGGUUAGCCCACGUUCAACACUGGAAACUGCAUAUUAUAUCUGUACAGUGGUACCUCGGGUUAAGUACUUAAUUCAUUCCGGAGGUCCAUACUUAACCUGAAACUGUUCUUAACCUGAAGCACCACUUUAGCUAAUGGGGCCUCCUGCUGCUGCCGCCGCACAAUUUCUGUUCUCAACCUGAAGCAAAGUUUUUAACCUGAAGCACUAUUUCUGGGUGAGCGGAGUAUGUAACCUGAAGCGUAUGUAACCUGAAGCGUAUGUAACCUGAGGUACCACUGUAUAGAACUCCACUGUUAAAUUAACCCUCAGCCUUCCCAAAGUUGUUGGUAGCUGCUGUGUCUCAUUUGCUAGUGAAAAUGAAUAGGAUUCACAGCACUGGUGUUCAUCUCUUUCCUUUUACAGUGCAGAUGGAGAUUUUGCUAUCGUCCAGGAUACCAAAGUACUCUUAGACUAUACAGGUCACAUCACUUGGACUCCUCCAGCCAUUUUCAAAAGCUACUGUGAAAUUAUAGUCACCCACUUUCCAUUUGAUGAGCAGAACUGUAGUAUGAAGUUGGGAACAUGGACAUACGAUGGCACAAUGGUCGCCAUCUUUCCGGUAGGUAACAUCUGGGCAUAUGAGACAAGGACCAGGGUCCAAAGGCCCUUUGUGUUUUGGUAUUGAGGAACAGGGCCCUUAUGCUGGAAAAGAGUUCCUCUGUGUUCCUACUUUGGAGGACAGUCCUGUGCUUGAAGGGCUUUUGAAGCUUCCCUCGGUGUCAAAAGUCAUUUGUCUUCAUUAGCAAAGCCGCUUAAAUAAUGCAGACAGAGCCCAGAGAGAAAAUAAAUCCUGAUAACACUGAACAAAAGCAGCACAUAAUCUGAGGAGAAAAGGACAGGGAGUUUUUGUCUGCCUUGUAUAUGGCACAGAGACACCGAACCAAGCGUACAGAGAGCACUCCCUCAGAACUCCACAUGUGUUACCUCAGCAAACCGUCAUGCCACUCUCCCUGGUUGCUAAGCAAACACCUCCACCCCAUACCUCUCUUAGCUAGCUGACUUCAAUACUAACAGAAUUAACCUUUCGGUGCCCCAAACCUGUGGCUUACCUGGCGGCAAGUCUCCGGUCAAGGGACAAUCCACAUGUCCAAAUUCCCUCAGAGAUCCCAGAGCAUCCAAGCUGAGGCCCAUCAACGUGAGCAGUUGAGGAGACACAGCACUCAGCUCUGCUUCCCUGUUGGACUUUGCAGGCUGAUUGCAGCACCUGGGCCUGAUGAGGCAGGUGACCCUCACCUGCUCCAAGGGAGGAAUCACACCCCUCCUCCCAGAGCUAGCGAGCCCCACCUGGCCAGCUAGGGGGCUGGGCUGUGGGCCCUUGCCUACCUCAGCCUCCUGGAGCACCACUGCUCCCUAUGCCCCUCUGCUCUGGUGAUGGGUCCUGCUGCUCUGGUUCCUUCACCCUCAUCUUCCCUCAAUCUAUGAGCCCUUCCUACGCCAACCUCUUCUUCCCAACCCCAACUUGCCCCGGUGUGUCCCAGUCCCGGCUACACCCUUCACUGCAAUCCUGUUUCUCCUUUUCCUCCUCCCCGUUGUCCUGCCAGUUUGUGGCAUUAGGCUGCAAACUGACUGUUCCCUGCUGUUGCACUUCCAGCCAUUUUGUUGUAUUGAGGGAUGGGGGCUGCAAUUCAAGAAUCCUAAGGCCUUGUUAGAGUCAUAGAAUGAGACACAAAGCUCUUUCGAAACCUCAUUGGAUAUCUGUGCCAAGCUGCUUUUAUUCAUCUUUGCUACUUGUGAAAAGUUCUAACCUUUUAAAUAUUUAUUUACUUUCUUCUUCUUUUCUUUUUUGCUGGGGAGGGGUAGCACCCCCCCUACACACACACCUUCAUAUAUUUGCAUGAUAUAUUGUUUGGUGUGUGGAGUUUAUUUAGGUAGGGAAUUUUUUUGGGGGAGCAAAUAGAUAUAUAAGCUGCAUAGUUCUUUAUUUUUCAAGUGUUCUUUUAAACACUGUGCAUAGGGGAAAUUACAUAUUGUUAUCAGUUUCUUAUGCAGUUUGUGUCAGUGGGGCUACCAUGUGGGUUGCUCUGAGGAAAUACCUGGCCGGCCCACAGAUGUGGCAAAAGAGUGUGAAUAGCCUGGAGAUGUGUUUCCAUGGGAACUAACUGUCUCUCCAUUUUUCUUAAGUUUGCUUAAUGGGUAGGAAAUAACUGAAAGAUUUUGGGAAGGGCAGAUGUUCCUCUUUCCCAGCUGCUAUAUACACCAUGUGUUCAAAGCGCAUGGCUUCCGCAGAGAAGCUUGGGGGUUGUAGUUUGUUAAGGGUGCUGGGAGCUAUAGCGCCAUGAGGAGUACACUACGGCCCCCAAGAUUCUGUGGGGAAGCAAUGUGCUUAGAUUGUAUGAAGUGCCAUUUUAGACCAAGGCACAAAGAGCAGAGUUUAGGCUCUGGAAACCUUUUAAGGGACUGUCUUUCUGGAGAUUGGAUGUGGAAGCAGUGACGGGGGUGAGCUCCCGUUGCUCGGUCCCUGCUCCUGCCAACUCAGCAGUUCAAAAGCACGAAGUGCAAGUAGAUAAAUAGGUACCGCUCCAGCGGGAAGGUAAACGGCGUUUCCAUGCGCUGCUCCGGUUCGCCAGAAGCGGCUUAGUCAUGCUGGCCACAUGACCCGGAAGCUGUACGCCGGCUCCCUCGGCCAAUAAAGCAAGAUGAGUGCCGCAACCUCAGAGUCGGCCACGACUGGACCUAAUGGUCAGGGGUCCCUUUACCUUUACCUUUACGUAGCCCCUUCAUGAGGAAUUCUGUGGAUGCUUGGACAGCCAGAGCCCCAGGGAGUUGGCACCUAUGGCCAGUAUAUACACAAAUAGGGACGCGGGUGGCGCUGUGGGUUAAACCACAGAGCCUAGGACUUGCCGAUCAGAAGGUUGGCGGUUCGAAUUCCCACGACGGGGUGAGCUCCUGUUGCUCGGUCCCUGCUCCUGCCAACCUAGCAGUUCGAAAGCACGUCAAAGUGCAAGUAGAUAAAUAGGUACCGCUCCGGCGGGAAGGUAAACGGCGUUUCCGUGCGCUGCUCUGGUUCGCCAGAAGCGGCUUAGUCAUGCUGGCCACAUCACCCAGAAGCUGUACAUCGGCUCCCUCAGCCAGCAAAGUGAGAUGAGCGCCACAACCCCAGAGUCGGUCACGACUGGACCUAAUGGUCAGGGGUCCCUUUACCUUUACCUUUAUGCUCAGCCUAUACAUUUGCAAAUAAAUAACCAUAUUGCAAAAAUGCUAUAACCCUCGCAAACGAAACCAAACCUUGGUAAACCCUGGGUCCCUGUAACUUCUCGCCCCCUCAGAAAAACAGGCUAAGCGUUUAUUUUAUCCUGACAACAAAAAAAGAUAUUGGUUUUACAGUAUUUAAAUGGAUCCGAAUGUUUCCUGAAUGUAAAGGAGCAUCGGGCCUUAGAUAUUAUGUUAAUAGCAUUCAUUCUCCUCUCAGGAAAGUGACCGCCCAGAUCUGAGUAACUUCAUGCCCAGCGGAGAAUGGGUCAUGAAAGAUUACCGAGGCUGGAAGCACUGGGUUACCUACGCCUGCUGCCCUACCACACCUUACCUGGACAUCACCUAUCACUUUGUGUUGCAGCGGUUGCCUCUCUACUUCAUCGUCAAUGUCAUCAUCCCUUGCCUCCUCUUCUCUUUCCUAACCGGAUUAGUGUUUUACCUGCCUACAGAUUCAGGUAUGUGGGAUACAGUGGUACCUUGGGUUACAGACGCUUCAGGUUACAGAUGCGUCAGGUUACAGACUCUGCUAACCCAGAAAUAGUACCUCGGGUUAAGAACUUUGCUUCAGGAUGAGAACAGAAAUCGCGCGGCGGCAGUGGGAGGCCCCAUUAGCUAAAGUGGUACCUCAGGUUAAGAAUGGUUUCAGGUUAAGAAUGGACCUCCAGAACGAUGGAAGUUCUUAACCCGAGGUACCACUGUACUGUGACUCACAGCCAGGGGGAACACCCUGCCCUCUUCUGGCCUACCUUGAUUAUUCAUCUGUUUUGAUGGCGGCUUAGGAAAUUACCGUACAUGGUAACUUGUCCCUUAAUUUGGCUUCCCCGUUGGAGAAGUAGUUUUAUCUGUUAACAGCCAUUGCGGAAGCUUCUCUCUGCCUCUUAUCACAUCUGAUUCACAUCCUAUAUUUAUAUAGGAGGGCACACACAGGAAGGGGACAGUUGGAGGUGGAAGGUCCCUGCAAAAAAGGCAGGGCAGGAAGGAUCUCUCAGGGUGGGAGGGUGGGAGAAAAAUGAUUUAAUAAUAAUAAUAACAAUAAUAUAAUAAUUAUCAUUUUUUUAUUUAUACCCUGACCACCUGACUGGGUUUCCCCAGCCACUCUGGGUGGCUCCCAACAAAAUAUUAAAAACACGAUAAAACAGUGGUACCUCUGGAUACGAACGCUUCUGGUUGUGCAUGCGUCUCGUUAUGAGCUGUGUCAACCCGGAGGUACCGGUAGUUGCUCCCGGAUGCGAACUUUGCCCCAGGAUGCGAGUGGAAACACAGCAGGAGGCGCACUUUCACUAAUGGCACCUCAUGUUAAGAUCAGUUUCAGGAUGAGAAUGGACCUCCAGAACGAAUUAAGUUCGUAACCAGAGGUACCACUGUAGUUGUUUAUCUCCUUGACAUCUGAUGGGAGGGCGUUCCACAGGGCGGGCGCCACUACCGAGAAGGCCCUCUGCCUGGGUAAGUAAGCACCCAGAUGAGAGCUGGGGGAAUCUGCCUUGCUGUGUGUGGGUAAACGAUAUGAUAUUCACAACAUAAAUGUGAUAAAGGGUCUUUUUUCGCUAUUCUUUCGCUAUUCUUUUCUCUCUUUCUUUUUCCUAUCCAGUUGUGUUUUUGUAUUUUCUUAUGAAUGAGUUUGAGUAUAAACAGAUAAGGACAUACGCAGGAUUAUUGUAAUAACCUGCAGGCUUUUUUAAGAGCGUAUAUUUAAAGUAGAUGGAUAAAUGAGCAAAUUAAGUUACAUUUGGAUAUGCUGAAAAUAUUAAAAAAAUAAAUUUAAGGAACUGCAGAAAGAAGGGGGAAGGAGUCAAGUUUUGAAAAGUUAAAAUGAUUAUAAAAUUACUGAAAUGUAUAAAUUGAAAAUUAUAAAUAAAAUAAUACUAAAAAAUGAGUUUGAGUGUUUAAUAUGUUUAAGAAUUUUUUUUAAAAAAUAUUAUUUUAAAAAAUCACGUUCUUUGUUUACUCUUUGUCACAGGGGAGAAGAUGACUCUGAGCAUUUCUGUCCUGCUCUCUUUGACGGUGUUUCUUCUGGUCAUUGUGGAGCUGAUCCCUUCCACUUCUAGCGCAGUGCCCUUGAUUGGCAAAUACAUGCUGUUCACCAUGGUCUUCGUCAUAGCUUCCAUCAUCAUCACUGUCAUUGUGAUCAAUACCCACCACCGGUCUCCAAGUACUCACACUAUGCCGCAGUGGGUGAGGAAGGUGAGAUGAGCUAUAGUUGGGUUGCCAUAUUUCAAAAAGUGAAAAUCUGAACAUGGGCUGCCAUAUCUAUGGGGUUUUUUUUUUUGACAUUUCAGUGAUUUUUGCCCGGACGCUGCUUAAGGGGACUGAAUACUGGCUAUGUCCUGAAAAUUCCGGACGUAUAGCAACCCUAAGGUAUAGUCAGAAACAUGUCCCCUGGAACAGUUGCAAAGCUCAGAACAGAACACAGGGUUAAGAGAAAAGGCUGGGCUGGGCUUGCUGCCUCGGACCUGGUGGCAUUUAUUAUAGCAAAAAUGGGGAGUACCUGAGACCCUCCAGUCUCCAACUCCCAUCAGCCCCUAGCCAGCAUGGCCCCAGGGGUCAUGGAUGAUGGGAGUUGUAUUCCAACAACAUCUGAAGGGCCAUCCCUGCUUUAUAGGCUAAAGAUUGACAAAGUGUUGGUAAAAGGUAAAGGGACCCCUGACCAUUAGGUCCAGUCGUGACUGACUCUGGGGUUGCGGCGCUCAUCACGCUUUAUUGGCCAAGGGAGCCGGCGUACAGCUUCCGGUCACAUGGCCAGCAUGACUAAGCCGCUUCUGGCGAACCACAGCAGCGCACGGAAACGCCGUUUACCUUCCUGCUGGAGCGGUACCUAUUUAUCUACUUGCACUUUGACAUGCUUUCGAACUGCUAGGUUGGCAGGAGCAGGGACCGAGGAAUGGGAGCUCACCCCAUCGCGGGGAUUCGAACCGCUGACCUUCUGAUCGGCAAGUCCUAGGCUCUGUGGUUUAACCCACAGCGCCACCCGUGUCCCCAACAAAGUGUUGGAUCUGGGUUCAAAUCCUAAUUCACCCACGCUCCUGUCUUAUGUCUCCAAGGUACCAGUUUAAUUUCAGUUUUCAAUAUGAGGAGGAUAGGUGCAAAAUGGAUCAGAUAGAUAUUCUAAACUUGUCUUUAUAAUUGAAAAACAGCUGCUAAACUCAACUAAGGAGCAAAGGGUAGGCGAAAGAGAGAAGAGAUCCUCUCUCACUCUUUCAAUGGAAAGAGCCACCAAAUGACCUCUUAAAGGUUGGUAUGACAGGUGAUCUAUAAGCAGCUUACUGGGUGCCAAUUAAAUUAUGUAUGCUUUACAGAAAGAACAGAGAGAGACAAUUCUCUUUCUCUCCCAUAAUACUAGUACUGGGUGCGUUCCAUUAAAGUAGGGAGCAGACUGGGACAAAAAAAGCCACUAAUUUAGAGCAUGACAACAUUGCCUAUUUAUGCAUUAUAACUUAAAGAUUUUGGGGAAGGUUUUCCAAAAGGAGGAAAAGAAACAGGCAAGCUGACAGAAACACUGAUAUUUCUUUAUGGACUGCAAUACUUAACCAGUCGUUCCCCCACAUUUCAGACUUUGUUUUCUUCUGGAAUUCACUAGUGCAAUUAGGUAAAUUUAGCCUUGUUGUUGUUUAGUCGUUUACUCAUGUCCGACUCUUCGUGACCCCAGGGACCAGAGCACGCCAGGCACUCCUGUCUUCCACUGCCUCCCGCAGUUUGGCCAAAUUCAUGUUAGUAGCUUUGAGAACACUGUCCAACCAUCUCGUCCUCUGUCGUCCCCUUCUCCUUGUGCCCUCCAGCUUUCCCAACAUCAGGGUCUUUUCCAGGGAGUCUUCUCUUUUCAUGAGGUGGCCAAAGUAUUGGAGCCUCAGCUUCAGGAUCUGUUCUUCCAGUGAGCACUCAGGGCUGAUUUCCUUCAGAAUGGAUAGGUUUGAUCUUGCAGUUCAUGGGACUCUCAAGAGUCUCUUCUAGCACCAUAAUUCAAAAGCAUCAAUUCUUCAGUGAUCAGCCUUCUUUAUGGUCCAGCUCUCACUUCCAUACAUCACUACAGGGGAAACCAUAGCUUUAACUAUAUGGACCUUUGUCAGCAAGGUGAUGUCUCUGCUUUUUAACUGUCUAGGUUUGUCAUUGCUUUUCUCCCGAUAAGCAGGCGUCUUUUAGAAGCUAUGAGCUAUGGUGUGCAGGGCCACCCAAGACAGACAGGUCAUAGUGGAGAGUUUUGACUAAAUGUGAUCCACCUGGAGCAUGAACCGGCAAGCUGCUACAGUCUCCCUGCCAAGAAAACUCCAUGGACGGAAAUUUAGCUUAGUCUGGACUUAAUGGCCUUACAGGGUCUUUAGAGGGGGAAUGUGUAUUAUUUGACAUACUUAAAAAUGUAGUAAGCCUGGCUAGGGGCCUCCUUGUUUUUAUAGAGUUGGAAGGGACCCUGAGGACCAUCUAUUCCAACCCCCUGUGAUACAGGAAUAUUCAGCUGUCCAUUACAGGGUUCAAACCUGCAACCUUCUUGUUAUCAGCACCAUGUUCUAACCAACUACGCUAUACCUCUGUUGUGCUGAAUAGGUGACUUCUGCCCCAUAGUCCUGCCCUGGUAGCAUCACUGCUCACAAAUGAAUAAAGGGGAGGUGGUCACACUAGUGUGAGUCGAAGGCAAUCUGGUUGUGCAUAGUUUCUACUGACUCCCGCAUCCAGCAACAGCCUGUGCUUUUUUUGGAGGCCUUAGCAGAGCUGGGGGAAGGAGUGAAGAAGGAAAGCCCUUUGGGGGCCAGUGGAGGCCCACCCAAUACAGAUAAGAUAAUAAUAAAAACAACAUCUGGAUCCUAAACUGAUCAAGUCAGCAGAGUUCCAGUUUCACAUGCUGAUUUGAUAACGGUGCAUUACUUGGGGUUAGUAUCCAUCUGUAUGUGGUUUCACUUAAAUGAGUCUUAAAGAUCUGUUCACCUGAAAAACUCAGACAGCUUCCUGGGGCCUCAGGCAUCACAAGCAGAAGAAAGCCCAAACCUCAGAAAGGAAACGUUUUUAUUCUGAGGCCAAGAUGGAGAACAUAUUUGCCCCUUGUUUUCAUUCUGAUUUUUUUUAUUAUUAAAAAAAAAAAAAAGACACUGACUGUAAAACAAAUAUUAACUUCUUUCAGAUUUUUAUUGAGACGAUUCCGAACGUCAUGUUCUUCUCAACCAUGAAGCGGCCUUCCAGAAACAAGCAGGAGAAAAGGAUUUUUACUGAAGACAUUGAUAUUUCUGAAAUCUCUGGGAAGCAAAGUCCGGCUGCUGUCAAUUUCCAGUCAUCGCUCACCAAAAACCCAGAUGUGAAAAGUGCUAUUGAGGGCAUCAAAUACAUUGCUGAAACAAUGAAGUCAGACCAGGAAUCCAACAAUGUAAGGACCUUUUCCUUCUGUUUUAGGAGAUGGGAAUCUUUGGCCUGCUAGACGUUAUAAGACUUCAACUCCCAUCAGCCCCUGCCAGCUUGGCCAAUGAUCAGGGAUGUUGGGAGUCGUAGUCCAACAACAUCUGGCCGUCCACAGCUUCCCCAUUUCUGCUGUAAUGUGUCUAACACACCUGUUAAAGAAUGAUAACUAAGAGUUAUCAACAGCAUGUGAGGUUUUUUUUCUAAAACCUAAGUGCUUUCUAAGUGCAGAGGGGAAGAAAGAGCAUGUGGACAAGCAAGAGUGGUUUCAAGAUUAAAGAUGAAAUCCUAAAUCAGUGCACGCUUCCUGCAACUUUGGGUUUGUGAGGGUAUCCUUUUAAAAUAGUCCAGAUUUACCAUUUAAUCUGUUUUAAAUGAGUGAACCUGUGCUAUUGAAAUCUAGACUGUAUUCAGGCAAGCAACGGUUUGAGGCUGAGGUGGAGAGAGCUGGCCGGGGUGGCUGGAAGGUGGAGUUCAACAACGUCUGGCAAUUCCACAGUUUUCCUAGCCCUGGUUUAAGGGAUACCAUUAUUAAUCUCCUGGCUAUUGUUGUGAGGCAAGCACUGAUCUCUGGCAAGGUGAGGCCUGGUGCAAGUCAAGGCUCAGGCCUGCUAUAGGGGAGUCUCUGAAGAAACCUUGUCCUUCUGCUUCAGAGUCCUUGGGCUCAGAAUCGCCUCCAUGAUGACACACACCUGUUUCUGAUACGGAACCAAAAUGCUGUUCUUUGAUGGCGGACACCUUUCUCGCAUAUCUGGCUCCCUAACAGGAGCUGUAUUAAUCUGUUGUUCGAAAAGGAAGAAGGAAUUAAUCCUGUGGCAUGAAAGUGGAUGCCACCACAAGCCAGUUUGUCUCAAACUAAGCUGCCACGAGUCUCUUUUGUUGUUUCCUCUCCUUUUCCACUCAGCCUCAAUUUGGACAAACACUGCUUUAUGGUAUUUGGCUCCCUCUUGUGACCCAAGGCCUAACAAAAUGACUCAUCGAAAUAAUUCACGGUACAUCAAGCUCCGGCCAGGGGGCAGCAUAUACUCUGUAAUGUGCACUAAAAUGGCACCAAAUUACACACAUAUUUUUUGAUAGUCAAACUCCGGUGUUUCAGGUCAUUCUCGCAAUGAUGCAAGGACAUGUUUUUGACUAGAAUGCAUUACAUACUGAAGUUUGUUCCUGCAAUGGAGAACAUACAGAAUAACAUAUUUUUUCCUCCAAGACAGAGAAGCAUAAAUGCUCAAAAGUGCCAACUCCCUAGUGGAAACAAUGACUAGGCCCAAGAUCAUUCUAACUGCCUCUUGUCUUUUUUUAUUUUCCCCAUCCUCAGGCUGCCGAAGAAUGGAAGUUUGUUGCCAUGGUAGUGGAUCACCUUCUGCUUGGCAUCUUCAUGUUAGUUUGCAUCAUUGGAACACUGGCUGUCUUUGCCGGUCGCCUCAUCGAGUUACAGCAGCAAGGCUGAAAAGUGAAAACCAAGUGGGAUAGCUUGAUUUAGAUCUGAAUAUGUGCUCACUUAAGAAAGUUCAUGGAAGGAAAGUCUUCCAUCUCCCUCUCCUCCAUCCCCUCAGCAAAGCAAACCUUUCAAAGAAGCUUGAAGGUUGGGAGCUGCAGCCAGUAAGCUUUCCUUCCAGAAACUUCCUUAACUUUGCUUAUCUUAAGAUCCAAGCCUAUAUCUUUAAUGUGUUGUUAAUCUGUCUCUGCCUAAACGGGGCUAAAUGGAGGGAUAACCUCUUUCGAACUGGCAAUUUCAGGCUCCAGAAAGUGUGAUUCUGCUAAAAGUUUUUGAUGGACUGGCGUCUUUAAUGUCAACCGGCAUGGCUUUUGUCACACCUAACCAACUUGCUAAAGCACUGGGUCAGAACCUCUUAUUGUUCAAAUCACCAGGUCAAUGAGCCUAGGACAUUGGUCUGUUCUGGGUAUUUAAGAAAAACGGCUUUGGUGCUCUACACCAAUGGUUCAUCUCAUUGCCUAUUGGUCGUCCCUAAUCACUGGCAAUCUAGGAUGCAAAAACUGAACACCAUCCCGAGCCAUGUCUUCAACCCAUUGGCAGUCAUGUCUUCAUCAAGUCAUCAACCCACAAUUUUCUCACUUCCCAUUCCUUACUGCUUUUUUGAAUAAAUAGAUAUGUUCCAAAUGACUCCGUCAGAGAACCUUGGCUGAGCACAUCUGUGAUCUGAAUCUCCCACACACUGCUGAAAGUGGCCCGUGCAGAAGAAAAGAAAAUAAUCACUGACUGACAUCUACCAAGCUGUUUUCUACUCUCUUUCCUCAGCUGUGGUUCUUGCUUGCAGGCCUAUCAAAACCAUGUUUACUUAGAAAUAUUCAGAAGCCCCUUCUGAGCACUUAAAGGUAAAGGUAAAGGUACCCCUGCCCGUACAGGCCAGUUGUGUCCGACUCUAGGGUUGUGCGCCCAUCUCACUUAAGAGGCCGGGGGCCAGCGCUGUCCGGAGACACUUCCGGGUCACGUGGCCAGCGUGACGAAGCUGCUCUGGCGAGCCGGCACCAGCGUAGCACACAGAAACGCCAUUUACCUUCCCGCUAUAAAGCGGUACCUAUUUAUCUACUUGCACUUAGGGGUGCUUUCGAACUGCUAGGUGGGCAGGAGCUGGGACCGUAAGACGGGAGCUCACCCCGCCGCAGGGAUUCGAACCGCCGACCAUACGAUCGGCAAGUCCUAGGCACUGAGGUUUUACCCACAGCGCCACCCGCGUCCCAGCACUUACUUUUUAUUAAAUGUGCUUCUGUGAUA